GACCUCCCCAUCGGCAGCUGGAGCCUCCGCGCCGAACGCAGCACAUCCAAUCUGGAGCCGACGCUGGAGAAGGAGGAGGCGCCUCGUGACUAGGAAGCUUUACGAGGCUGCCCGGGGAUCAUCAAAAAAUCCUUAUAUUUAAUAUUUUAAGAGACCUGUGAAGUUUUUUGUUUGCUUUUUCUUCUAUAAGGACCUUUGAGAGGAAAGGACAUUUCUAAUUCCAAUGUAUUUCAACCCAAAGGAAGGAAGAAUUCUGAACAUUAAUUUUAUAAUAAAUAUUACAUGUGGAAUACAAUAUUGGCUUCAUUUUGACUCUGGUCUCCAUCCCCUAUCAUAUACGAAAGAAGAGACGCUGGGAAGACAGAAAUAGAUUUAAGAUUUAAGGACUUCACCUCCACCUCCACAAAUGGAACUACACACAAUAAAGGAACUGGAUGCUAUAUAACACUGGCACUUGUUAUUACUGGCUGCUUUAAUUUUUGGGUGGGGAGGGGGACAUUUUAUCUUUCUUUUUAUUCCCCUCCCAGCACUCUGUUGUAAAUGAUGGCUCAUCCUGGGAUAAGAGAUUACAGUAACCGGGAGAUAGUGCUGAGGUACAUCCAUUACAAGCUGUCACAGAAAGGAUAUGACUGGGUUGCCAGUGGAGACAGAGAAAAUGUUUCUUCUGCUGUUGGGACCUUUCCUGCUCUUGGAGGGCUGGUGUCUCUGCCUUCUGCUGCUGUUAGUAACUUGGCUGCCACUGAAGUACAUCCUGUACCCCAAGUUGUUUAUUCCACGCUAUGCCAAGCUGGUGAUGAAUUUUCACGGAGGUAUCAGAGGGACUUUACCCAGAUGUCUGGUCAACUGCACUUGACUCCAGUCACCGCCAGAAGUCAUUUCAUGGCUGUUGUGGAAGAGCUGUUCCGAGAUGGAGUAAACUGGGGAAGGAUUGUGGCAUUCUUUGAAUUUGGUGGCAUGCUGUGUGUGGAAAGUGUCAGUCGGGAGAUGUCACCUCUGGUGGACAGUAUUGCUGAAUGGAUGACUGAGUACAUGAACAGGCACCUGCACAACUGGAUCCAGGACAAUGGAGGCUGGGAUGCUUUUGUGGAGCUGUACAGCAACAACAUCAGGCCUUUGUUUGAUUUGUCAUGGCUGCCUCUGAAGACGAUCCUUAGUCUGGCAGUGGUGGGCGCCUGCAUCACCCUAGGGGCUUACCUGGGACACACGUGACUUUGGACUUCAUCCAACUGGUGAUGGACUGAUGGGAAAUCUUGGUUUCAAAAACUGAAAAAAGAGGAGUGUUGAAAGAAGAAAAUAAUAUGAGGUGUUUUUUUUCCCCCUGGUCAAAUAAUGCUAUUAUUUUAUGAGCCAAUUAUCUUUCUAUAUAUGUGUUCGGGUGUGUUUGGGUGUACACAGGCACAAACAUGUGUGCAUAUAUUUACACACGCACACACACACACACACAUAUUUGUGUGUAAACAUAAAUGCACACACAUACACACACGCAUAUAUAUCUGCUAUUACUGCCAAAGGGAAUAUUCAUUUAUUUUUUACAUUGCAGAAGAGUUAUUUAUUAAAAAUAUUUUACAUUUAACCCACUAUUUUCCUAAAAUUCUGGAACACAAGCAUUGUAUAUUUUUUAAUGAAGAUUCCAAAGAUCUUCGGCUUCCUUCUAAAGCAUCAUUCAACAGACUGUUUUAUUACGAUAGGCUGAAGAGCUGUAGGUAUAAGAGACAUACACGGCCCUUAGGGAGAGUGAUGAUCCAGUGACAUAAUUUUGUAGGUAAGAUUUUAGAGCUGCCUAUGAAUAUAGGGUGACCUAAAAAGGCAACAGGAUGAGAAGACAAUGAUUUGGUGGUUCAACAUGGUAUCUAUUCAGAAUAAGAAAUAAUGCCAGAUUCAGGCCAGUAUUAAGACCGUAUGGUUCAAUCCUCUGUCCCUACAGCCAACAGCUGUUUUUGGAAAAAUGCCCAGCAGAACAACAGCUGGAAAUAGUGAUUCAUGCAGUAUUUUGUUACACGAGUGCUGUGCCAUUACAUACCACAAUUGGCCAUCAUUAUAAGGAAGCUAUUUGUGGGUCCUCAAACUGUGAUUUAAAAGGCUGAAAUGAAAUACAUUGGAAUGGGCAGAAACAGUUUCAUUAAAUAUUUCAUCUGUAAAAUUGCCGUUUUGUGCAAUUAUCAGGAAACCAAAAGUGCCUGUGCCUGCCUUGCAGAACUGGAGCCUCAAAGUCAGUCAUGGCUCACAUUCCCAGUAGAGUGAGGGUUUACUCGCAACAGAGCCUGCCUUAUACUUGGUUAAUUUUUCUUAGGGUCUUAAAUGCAAUUCUCUUUGUUAAUUAGUAACAUCUCAAAGUCAAAAUUAGGCUCAAGGUUCAUUUGGCCAGAAGAAGCAAUCAGCUGGCAGAGAUUAGGUUUGACUUCCACUUUGUAUCAAAAUUAGCACCCAAAUUGCAUUCUUAGCCCUGUGCCUGCCCCAGAUUGGAAGUGUAUUUGCCUCAGAAGUGAUGCACACUGUUUAUUCCUUCAGAUGUCUUCGAAAGAAAAGAAGAUAAAGAAAUGGUCCAACGUCUCCAUCUGGUAUGACUCAUAGACAUUGAACCCGUUCAGAUGCCAAGUGUUUUUGCAUGGAAAUCUGGAAAGGAAAGGGAGUGGAAAAUUUGUUACAAUAACUUUAAGCAAAAUGAGCAUAAAACACUCCACACGUACACUUAGGUUCUUUGAUUACAAAUAUCUAGGUGGCUUACAGGCAGUGCUGCUGGCACCUUAACUCAACAUCAUCAGGCAUCCACCCAGGUUUUAUGUUGAAAGUGUCCCACCUCAAACAUCUGAGCACCUCUCACUUGUUUACUGUUCCUUUGAAUUCAUCUAUUGUCCAAAGAAUACAAGUACCAAUGAAGCAAAGAGAAGUUGUAGCUGCCUCCUGUUAUCUUGACUUCUCCUUCUGGCCCUUGCUUCAAAUUAGGCUCAGAUGGAGAAGACGAAUAAAUGAGGCAGUGGUGACAAAGAUCCUGAGCCUUCCCAAGUGUGUGGGCUUACUGGGCAUUAUACCCCUAAACCCCCGAAAUAAAAAGUUGGCAAUAUUUAAAAAUGUAACCAAGAAUGCAGUGGACUCCGUUCAUGAAGUUGUUUAACAGCAGCAUAGAUAUUGAUUUGUUGGACUGCCUGAACUGGACUUAGUCACCAAAGAAGGAAAAUUGUCAGGAUGAUUACAUUCAGAUCUGGCUGUCACUUGGACAAAAGCAGCUGUAGUGGUGGAUUGUUCCAUCUUGACAGAACUGCAGUUCAGUAGUGCACUGUUCCAUCUUAACAGAACUGCAGCAGUCCAUUUAUAUCACCAGAUUAAAUAACUGGCCACAGUGAAAAGCAACGUGUGUGCACAGCUUGGAUUUCUGCAGUUGUUCCGGACUUUGCUGUUGGGUUCAACACUGGAGAGCCUCUGCAAUGCUUUGAUUAGCUUAGCUUGCAAAGGUGUUUGGGAUGCUGCAGAGGAAAGAUUCAACAAGCUCAAAGAUGCCAACCUUACCAUUUGUUCCUUGGAUCCUAGGCAACGUAUUUCAGAUUUGUGUGUGAGAUAUUACAUGAAGGGCAUAAUAGAUUCCAGGAUGAAAAUCAAGAUUGAAAGGAUCAAAAGGUUAAAUUAAAUGGGAUGGACAUAUUUGAUGUGAAUGAAUUUUUAUCUUGUUUAUUUUUUUAAAGCGUUUCCUUUCCAUUUUUUUAAAAAAUGACUGCAAAACUGUAAAGUAGAAGUUAUGAAAUAAUAUUAAUUCAGUAAUAAAAUGUCUGGACUGAAAUACAGUCAUCAAAAGCUUUGUACUCAAAAGAAUGUAGCAAAAUAAUUAACAGAUACAACAUUAUGUAAGAAGUGAAAUAACUUGAUUUUGUGGCAUUAUAUGCAAAAAAAAAAACCCAUAAAAAACUAAUGAGGUCAGCCUUCUCUAACCUGGUACUUGUUAACAUGGGUUAGAUAACGUAAUCACCUUCAGAGUUCCUACUGACUAGAAGGCCAGCAUGUAAGCUUAAUAAAGAAUAACCAGCUUCCAUUGAUGUGCUGCUUAGUGAUUGUAGUUGUAAUUCCAAAACAAGGGUUGGGCACCAAGCUAGAAAGGCUGAUGUCAGAAAUGUAGUACUUUUAAACUUAAAAUGUAGUUGAGUCUUCCCCAACUUGAUGCAUUCCAAAUGUAUUGGAUCCCCCAUAAUCAAAGGGGAUUCUGGGAGUUGAAGCCCCAUCACAUCUGAAGAACACCAGGAUGGGGAAGGCUGCUGUGAUUCAUACCAUGUUUUUAAAGCUGCUUUAAAAUGUAAAUGGGCCAAGUCCAUCAGAAAGCCACCUUUUCUCAGCUUCUUCUCCUGCCAAUGGAGCGUGCACAUGAGAACUUUCUGGUAGGCUGAGCCCAGGGUUUUUAUGCAUGUUAACGUGGCUAUAGCUACUAUAUACAAUUAUGGCCUUUGCAUCCAGCAUUUCAAGAGCAACAGUGAAACGAGCUCUUUCAUUUCGUAGCAGAAAGAAACAUAUAGAGAUGUGCGACUGAAUUCUAAUUUCUAGAUACUGGGCAAUGUGUAUUACAGCUUUACUUUAUUUAGCUUUGCUAAACCUAAAAUGUGUUUAUUAACAUAUAUUAAAAUUGUAGAUUUAUAAAUAGCAAUUUUGUCUAAGUCAGGUGCAUUUAGAUUCUGUAGAAUUUCAGGCAUUUAAACUGUGCCUAAAAACGACUGGAAUGUCCAAAGAAUCAAAACAUACAGUAUAAGAAAACCACACAACGUUUUUCCAACUAGCCUUCAGUCAAAAUAUUUGGUGUAGAGAAGGAAUGCCAUAAAAGCUGUGCCUUUGCAUUCCACAAACAAGCUUCAGGUCACUGAAACUCCAAGAUGCAGUGAUUCACAUCAGUGCUUCAUGCUAAAGCUUUACCAAAGAACUGGUUCGCAUAUGCUACUUGCUACAUGAUUUCUCAUUACUUGGUUCCUCAGCAUUUAACAACCAUUAAUCUAAACUGAGACUAACUCUUCCAACUGGCAUAUGGAAAAUUGUGAAUGCAGUCUUACGCUCUUCGGUGUAAGAGUUCUCAUACUGGAAAAUAUGAAUACAAUUAAUUUGUGGUACACGUCACAGUCAAUUAGUAAUAAACAUGUAUGUUUGAACCAGGUUCCUUAAUACAACCCCUUGAGCAACCAAGUCUUAGGAUGCUGUCCAGAAGCUUGAAGAGAAUGACAAAAAAUAAUGUGUGUUCAGUGCUGCAUCAGAGGCUACAUGCUUUUAAAUAUGUCAUGGACAAACAUGGGGCAAGGAAAGAGAUGGAUCUAAGCUACAGUAACAAGUAACUGCCCUACCCUUCUAACUAUUGCAUGAAAGUCAUUACAAAUGAGAUAACUGAAAUACUUUGAUGUAUCCACCCUUUCAAGAAACUGUUUAAUUAGUGUGGCUAGAAUAGAAAUGUGGGAAUAUCCAUCAUCUAUAGCAGAGGCCUCUUCAAACUUGGCAACUUUAAGACUUGUGGACUUCAACUCUCAGAAUUCGUCAGCCAGCAUGCGAUGACUGAGGAAUUCUGGGAGUUGAAGUCCACAAGUCCUAAAGUUGCCAAGUUUGAAGAGGUCUCCUGUUCUGUUGAAUAGGGCAGAAUAAUAAUGCUCCCCCAAAAGGUUGUGCAAGCAUCUCAGCAAAACGGCUUGUGGGAUAAGAGAGCAUGGAACAUUCUCAGCACAUUCUCUUCUUAAUUUCCAGAUUCCUCUUCUUAAAAGAUUGUACUACAGGUCUCAUGCACCAUCAGUAAGAACAGAGUGUUUUUGAAUGAAAUGUUUACAUUGUCAAAAUAGAACGCUAUCGGAGCUAGGAAUGGCUAUGCUGCUAGAAAAUAGUAAUUAUUGGAACAAAGUUAAUUUUCUUGUAUUGCCAAUGCUGAGAUUGUUUUUCAAAAUUGCUUCACAUUGCAGGCAUGUAAAUAGAUGCUAUUGCUGGAUGUUUUCCUGUUGUUUUUGCCCCCUUGGGCUUCUUGGUAUCCUAAGAGUCUAUAUACCAGAGGAGUCCAAAUGGCUGUCAAUAGUCUCUGUCUUUAGUAGAUGGCCAGUAGUGUGUACUCCACUUCCCACCCCUUGAUUGCUGCAAUUGUAUAAUACUGUGGCUGCACUAGCUAUAAGGAUUGUUAAUAUUGAUACUGUACUAUUCAAGUUGAACGUAUUUUAGAGAUGUUAAAUGUACAUAAAAGCUUGAUUUUGCCUAUCUU